AUGGCCCACGAGAUACUCCAGGACUCCAGCAAAGGGGCAUUGAAGCAUGUUGCAGGCCUUAUCACCACACGUUACAAGGAGGCUUUUAACAGACCUUUCACGGCCAAAACCACCGCGGAGUUUGCAUCGGAGGCUGAGUGUGAUAGCCAUUUGGAAGGGGUUUCCACCCACAUUUACAACUGGUGCAAAGCGCACAGCAAGAAUUGCAAGUCCGCCCCUGUUGUAGUGGUGCAGCCAGUAAUCACAGGCAUCAUGAGGAACUACACUGUGCGCUCGUUGUUCAAGGCUGAUCACCCCAAACGCCCGGAGGCAAUGGCUGAAGAAUCUGUGGGACAGUGGUUGACGCACAUCACCGCAGCAUUUGACACUCUUACAGGUGAGGAAGCCGUGGAGCUGGAGGAACAGGCAUUGCUGCUUAACUCAACACGCAAGGAGGCCACUUCUGCGCCACACAGUGAAUACUUACGUGGCAAAUGGGUGGGGAUGAUGAUGCUAGAGGGCAUCGGCAUCAAUGGUGAUAUCAAUGUGCAUGUCAAAUCGGGAGUUUCAAGGCAGCGUUUGCAUAGUUUGUUUUGGGCAUUCCUGGAAAGCAUUUAUGAUUGGCUUCCAAGCGAAGGUGUGUGCUCUUCUAUUGCGGCAGGCUCAUCUGCGGCAGACACGUCGAUUGCCACAGCAUCACCUGAGGUGGACUCCACGAAUCGCGCACUAUCGGUGGUCAACAGCUCAAUUGCCGCAGCAUCACCGGAAGGGGAGUCGGGAGAUUUUUGGCCAGGCAAGGUGGAUGGCAGUGCUGCUGAAGUGAGCCCUUGGAUGGAGCCUGGCCCUGCACAGACGAGCGACUUAAUAGACGGCGUGAAGACGGUUGGGAUGGGUUCCCUACCAGAGCCCCAUGGCCAAGUAAUCUCUGAGACGGGAUUAAAGAUUUUGGCACAACGCUGUGUGGCUGCUCAAAGUGAAGAUGGGCCUGGCUUGGUCACCCACUCUAGUUUACCACACACACUUCCCAAGGUCCAUGCUGCUGAUGAGAACGUGCAAGGCAAUGAUAUGGCAUCAGAGUUGUCUGGAGGAUGCAGUGUCAUCGGUGAGUUGGGAUCAGCAGUCACUCGAGGACAAGACACAAGCAUGCACGAGCCGGUGCUACGGGUCUAUGGAGAUGUGGGUUGUGGGCAUGGGCGCGGGCAUGGGCAUUGGCAUGGGUGUGGGUGUGGGUGUGGGCAUGGGCAUGGGUAUGGUCAGAUUAGCAGGCAUGUAGGGAUGAUCAAUGCUGCUAGGGCGGAUGUCAGCAGUAUGGGGAUAGACACAUUGGACGAGAACGAAGGCAGGGGUGUAGAGAGUCAUGCGGGCACACCUUAUGUGCGGCUUGUUGGCCUGGUUGAGAGUGUAGUGGGGAGCACACAACCGCUGGUGAUUCCACAGGGAGUUGAAGGACGACCAUGCAGAGAUUGUCAACCAUCUAGCAGGCUGUUGGGCGAAGAUCCGUAA